AUGGGCAUGGGCGCGGGCGCUGGGUGGCGGCCGGUGUCGUUAGCAGACAAAUUUCCCCAAUUGUAUGCUAUCAGUGAGGAACAGGAAUGUUCUGUGGCUAUCAUGACACAAAAGAACUGGCGCCUCACCUUUAGGAGGUGGCUGCAUGAGGAGCUGCAAAGUCAAUUGAGAAGAUUGCAAGACAUUGUGCACAGGUUCAAUGUUAAUCAGGUGAAAGAUAGAGCCAGCUGGGACUGGUAA